AUGGCCGCGCUGGUCGCGCAGGCGACCGGCCAGCAGAGCCCGUCAGAGGCGCUUGUCGCACGGUUCGCCCGGAUCUACACGCCCGUGGUCAUGGCCGUCUGCGUGCUGCUGGCGUUCCUGCCCUGGGCCUUCACUUACGACGCCGACAGGCGCAAGGAAUGGGUGUACCUCAGCCUACAGGUCCUCGUCACCGCCUGCCCCUGCGCGCUGGUGCUGGCGACGCCUGCGACGGUUGUGUGCGCGCUGGCGCGCGCGGCGCAGCACGGGGUCCUUAUCAAGAGUGGGGCCGCACUGGAGGCGCUGCGGCGGGUGGAGGUGGUGACUUUUGACAAGACCGGGACGCUGACUAAGGGCAACUUCCUCGUGGUUUCCUUCGAGCCGCUGGACGGCUGGUCGCGGCACGACCUGCUGCGCCUGCUGGGCUCCCUGGAGCGCGGGAGCAGCCACCCGCUGGCGGCCGCGAUCCUGGGAUAUGCGGCUGCCCAGGGCGUCCCCUGUGACGCCGUGGUUGAGGGCGCCGAGCUCGUCCAGGGCGCCGGCCUCACCGCCACCGUCGACGGCCGCCGCAUCGCGGCCGGCUCAGAAGCCCUCGUCGCCGCGGCCGGCGCCGCCGCCGCCGCGGGCCCUGAGCUCGAUGCGGCGCGGCGCGCGAUAUCAGCAGACGCCGCUACCGCGUGCUUCGUAUCGGUCGACGGCCGGCUGGCCGGCUGGCUCGCCGCGCGCGACGCGGCGCGGCCGGAGGCGGCGGAGGCGGUGGCGAUGGUGGCCAGCCUCGGCUGCCGCGCGGCGAUGCUGACGGGCGACACGGUGGCGGCGGCGGCGGGGGUCGGCGCGGCGGUGGGGAUCGCGGAGAGGCGCGUGCACGCGGCGCUUCUGCCGCGGGACAAGCUGGACAAGGUCGCCGAGUAUAAGCAAUCCGCCGCGCCGCGCCCCGCCGGCUCCGCCUGCUGCGCCGGCGCCCUCCCCGUCGCCGCCUGCUGCCUGCGCGGCGCUCCGCGCCCGCGGCGCGUGUGGGUGGCGCACUGCGGCGACGGCGUCAACGACGCGCCGGCGCUGGCAGCGGCGGACGUGGGCAUCGCGAUGGGCGUCGCCGGCAGUGCGGCGGCCCUCGAGGCCGGAUCAGUCGCCUACCUAGACACCACCACCCACAUACAACCGUAG